AUGGACUCCAUCCUCACAGAAACACCACCUACCGGUGCACACGACAAGACCGGAGCGAGCCACCUGUUGAAGCCAGCAGAAGAGUCUAUUCUCACCUCCGACGAGCUCGAACUUCGCGCACAAGGUCAUGUCGGAGAGCUUGCGCGGAAUUUCAGCCCCUUGGCGGCCAUCUCUGUGGCUUUCACCACCACCAACUCCUGGGUCUCGGUCUCGGCCAUCUUUGUGACGCCUUUGUUCAUGGGAGGCGGCCCGGCACUGAUGUACGGUCUCAUUUUGGCUUCACUUGCUGCAACGACGGUUACGCUGGGCCUCGCCGAGCUCGCCUCUGCGUAUCCUUCCAGUGGUGGUCAGUAUCACUUUGCAUUCAUGUUGGCGUCGAAGAAAACCCGGAAUGCGUGGGCGUUUGUGACCGGCUGGCUCAGCAUUCUUGCAUGGGCCUUUGCAACGACGUCUUCCAGCGUCUUUGUCGCGCAGAUGAUCACCAGCCUCGCAAGCUACUAUCAUCCGAGCUAUUCGCCCGAUCGCUGGCAAGUGUACCUCAUGCACGUGCUGCUGAUGCUGGUUGCGUUCCUGAUCCUGGUGGUAUUCGCUCGGGCGCUCCCCCGGACCGAGAUCGUCUUCUUCUUCGUUUCUCUGGUCGGGUUCGUCGUCUAUACCGUCUCUGUCACCGCGGUCAGUGAGACCAAGCAGCCCGCAUCGACGGUGUGGGUGACAUGGACAAACCAAUCCGGCUGGAACGACGGCAUGGCGUUUUUCAUCGGCGUGGGCCAAUGUCUCUACGGGUUCCUGGGCACCGAUGGGCCGACGCAUAUGGCGGAAGAAAUCCCCAAUCCCCGCAGGAAUGUCCCUCUGGCCAUGCUGGCGACCUGCAUCAUCGGCGCAGCCACGGCCCUGCCGUGGUCUAUUGCCUUUAUGUUUUCGAUCCAAGAUCUAGACGCCGUGGAAGCCUCGGCUUUGCCGAUCCUGGAAGUCUACUAUCAAGCUCUGCACAACAAAGGAGCAGCUUGCUUCCUCUUGGUCUGGCUCCUCGUCAUCUACUUCCAGGCGACCUGCAACUGUCUGCUGUUCUGUGGCCGACUGGUCUGGGCAUUCGCUCGAGAUGACGGCCUGCCGUACAGCAGCUACUUUGCAAAAAUCUCGCGCGACCUCCCCGUCAGAGCAACGGCUGCCGUCGUGGUGUUCCAGUGUCUGUAUGGCCUGAUCUACAUUGCUUCGACCACGGCCUACAACAGCAUCAUCAGCAUGUGCAUUCUCGGCCUCCUCGUCACGUACGCGAUCCCUCAAGGAAUCGUUCUGGUGCGGGGCCGCCACCACCUGCCGGACCGCAAGUUGAACUUGGGCAGAUUUGGAGUCGUGGUCAACGCGUUCUCCGUGCUCUGGGUGUGUUUCUACGUCGUGGUUUUCUGCCAGCCAACCUUCCUGCCUGUCACGCUGGACAACAUGAAUUAUCUGAGUGUGGUCCUUGUCGGUUGUAUCGUUCUGAUUGCUGGCCUGUGGUGGGGCGGCAAACGGAGGACUUUCGCUGGUCCAAAAGUGAUACUGGACGGGAUCAGCUUUGAUCCUGAAGACCCGGCUGUAUCAGGCGAGCACGAUAGGGUCGUGUCCAAAGGUGCGCUACACCAGGCAACUGAAACUUCAGACAAGGCGUAUUGA